GGCCUCAGUGCCUCCAAAAUCCCGGACGGCUGUGGCGUCGCCAGCCACCACUACCCGCCGCCACAGCUAAAUUAUAACGAGAGGUGUCCUCAGUUCCCGCGCCCCCGACCAGAGCGUACUGUGCAGUACUGGCAUGGUACUGUACUCGUACUCGUACACUCCAGAACGUUGGCUGUUUCUACCCUCUCUCCCUUUUCCUCAUCGCGACAAACCGCCCCGCGGCAACUACCUUCACCCUCCUCCCUGCUAUAAAUACACAGCUUCGCGAAGACACAACUUUUUCCUGAAAAGAGAGAAAGGAAAUAAAUAAAAAAAUGUCUGCUCCUGUAGCCCAGUCACCCCCAACAGCCUCUCCGGAAGCACUGGCUGUGGCCGAGUUCCUUCGUUCGCAGGAUCUCAAGUGCAGGACUUGUAUCUUGCAGGGGCAGAGGAAGGAUUUGUUUAAAGGUAAUCCCACGUCCCCGCCUUCAUCCUGCAACCUUUCCUCUUUCCGGGGUGACGCAGCUGCUCAUGGGAUUGUGCCCUUCGUAAGAUUCAUCCCUCGGGAGGAGGAUGCCUUCUCAGGGCGAUGAGCGAUCACCGGCAAGGGGGAUCUUUUGAAGGGUGCAAUCUCGCGAGGACCGAGACUACGUUAUCUGCAAUUUGAUAUAAUGUGUGGAGGAAAUGGCUAACGAUGGUAACGACGCACCAUAGUCAAGCGAGCCCUCCGAGCCCUCAUGUCAGAAGCCUACACAAAAGCUCGAAAGAAGAACGCCCUUCUGCCCUCGGUGACAGACCACAACUCAGCCAUCCUUGCAUUUUCCCUCCUCCCACGCAACCUCCUAGCUCUCCGCGUCAGCAAGAUCGACCCGGGAGCCGAUGACGGUCACGGCCACGGGCACUCGCACGGCAAACCUGCGAAGCGGAUCAAGGGGCUCUGGACCGUCAAGAUCGAACAACAACAGGAGUUGCGCGGUGAGCUAUAUUACACGUGGUUCUACGAGCCGCGCACCUGGAAGCAGACCAUCAUGGCCAUCGGCGUUAUCGUCGUUUUGCUGCUCGUCGUCAUGUUCCCGCUUUGGCCGCCAAUGCUUAGACUGGGGGUUUGGUAUCUGUCCAUGGGCAUGCUAGGGCUUAUUGGGCUGUUCAUCUUGAUGAGCAUCUUCAGGCUUAUUUUGUUCUUGGUUACCACUGUUGUGCUGUCCCCUGGCAUUUGGCUGUACCCGAACUUGUUCGAGGAUGUUGGCUUCUUUGACAGCUUCAGGCCCCUUUGGGCAUGGCACAAGGUAUGACCCAUUGGCGGAUUAUUCAGUUGCCGGUCCUGUGGCUAACCAUUGCGCAGGUUAAGAAGUCCAAGAAAGGCGAGAAGAGGACAGCGAUUGAAGGCAAGAUCACCGAAAUCACCGAUGAGAAGUCGGCCGCUCCCGCUUCUACUCAACCAUCUUCGGCGCCCACCUCCACCGUCAUGCCUCCUAAGCCCACUGUCGAGGAUGGUUGAAACCCGUCAGCCAUAAGCUAGCUGUUUCAUUUUUACCCUAUUCUUUAUUUUCCCUAUAUAUAUUUUAUCAUUGGGUAGACGGCCGUUUUGCGAUUGCACGACCGAAAUGGCCAUAAGGGACAGGGUGGGCAACAACAGUGUGUGAGUGCGGCCACCCCUGCGGAGAUUAGGGGGGCUUUUUGAUAUAAAAAUGGAGUAUCGUCGUUCCCAAAUUAUUUCUUGCAAGGGAGCAAGAGAACAACUCCACAAUAUCGUUAUUCCGAAAGUUUGGGCUUCCGUUGUUCUUUCUUACUAUGUUUCUUUCUUUUCUUUUCUUUUCUUUUCUUUUCUUUUCUUUUCUUUUCUUUUUGUUUCCUAUGAAAAGCUAGGCUUGAUCUUAUUCCUCUAAAAUACCGUAAUGCAAUCAAUCAUAGUA